AUGUGGAUCAGCUCUUCAGAUUUCCUACCUCUGGUUACUAGGCAAUGGCAAAAAUAUGUUUAUGGCUGCCAUAUGUUUAGAGUCACUCAGAAGCUCAAGUGGAUAAAGAGUGAGCUUAAAAUCCUAAACCACCAAGGCUAUAGUGAUGUGGAAACUGUGAAAAUCACUAAGCAAAAAAAGCUUGCUGAAAUUCAGGAUAAGCUUCACCAAGAUCCCUAUAAUGCCACUCUUGCCGCUGAAGAAAAAGCCAUUGCUGAAGCUUACAGGGAAGCCAAAGAUAAUCUAAACUCUUUCUUAUACCAAACUGCCAAGAUGAAAUGGUUAGAAAAGGGGGAUGAGAAUUCAAAACUGUUCUUUCAGAGUAUAAAACAAAGGAGAAAACACAAUGCCAUUUACUCUAUUCAAAACCUCAAUGGGGAAUGGCUCACUUCUCCAGAUCAGAUUCAGGAUGCCUUCUUGGAGUUCUAUGGUAAUUUAUUUUGUUCACACACUGAAAACAGGACUAGUGUGGGUCCUGUGUUAAUGGAUCAUGGGCCUAGGUUAACUGAUGACCACAGAUCCAAGUUGGCUUGUGAUUUCAGUUUGGCUGAUCUGAAAAGGGUACUUGAUGACAUUCCUAGCAACAAGGCACCUGGUUUAGAUGGAUUCAAUAGCCACUUUUUCAAAACCACCUGGGAGAUAGUCAAGGGGGAUAUGUUUGCUGUUGUUUCUGAAUUCUUUAGAACAGGAAAAAUGCUAAAAGAGAUCAAUGUUACUUCCAUUACUUUGGUUCCCAAAAUAACCUGUGUCCUUCCUGACAUCAUCUCUCAAAACCAGGGGCUUUUGUUGCAGGGAGGUCCAUUCUCCAUAAUGUUCUUAUCUGUCAAGACAUUGUCAAAAUGUAUAGAAAAGAAAGCAUAUGAUACAGUGGAGUGGGAGUUUAUUAAGGAGUUGAUGGAGGAUUUGGGGUUCCCUACCUUUUUCAUUGAGUUGAUCAUGACCUGUUUGUCUACUACUCAAUACUCAGUUAUGAUUAAUGGUGUUCCAUCUAGGCUUAUCCACCCAAGAAUGGGUUUGAGGCAAGGGGAUCCUCUCUCCCCCCUUCUCUUUACCUUAUGCAUGGAGUACUUCUCCAGAACUAUGAAAGCUGUGGGGGAACAAAGGGUCAUUAGCAUGAUGAUGGAGGGAUUUAAGGUCUUCUCUAAUACCACUGGCCUGAAGGUCAAUGCUUCUAAAUCUUCCCUGUAUUGCUGUGGUAUGAAUGUUCAAGAGAUGUUCUUACUUCCCAAGAAUGUUCUCAAAAAGAUUAACUCCAUCUGUAGAGAUUUUCUCUGGUAUGGAACUUAUGAUGAUGCCAGACCUGGGCCUGUUGCUUGGGAUCACCUCUGCCUUCCUAAACCACAUGGUGGUCUGGGAUUUAGAAACCUUUUACUUUGGAAUCAGGCUGCUGUGGGAAAGCAAGUUUGGGCCAUUGCUCAAAAACAGGAUAAUUUAUGGGUGAAAUGGAUUCAUGUAGUUUACAUCAAAGAGAAAAAUUGGGAAAGUUUUGCUACUCCUGCUGCUGCCAGUUGGGUAGUAAAGUUUGUGUGCAAAGUGAAGAUUUGUGUUACUCACCAGCUGCAGUCACCUCAGUGGUAUUCCACUAGUAGGUAUUCCAUUAAAGACACUUACAGUCAAAUUGCAACUGCUGGGGAUAGAGUAACUUGGCAGAAAUAUGUCUGGAAUAGGUUGACUAUUCCAAAGCACAGAUUUAUCCUUUGGCUCACAAUGCUUGACACAUUGAAAACUACGGAAAGACUUCACAAGGUGGGGAUUGUUUAUGAUGACCUGUGUCCUAUCUGUUUCACUCAUACAGAAAAGAUUGAUCACCGUUUCUAUACCUGUGAGUUCAGCAAACAGUGCAAGCAUCUGGUUCUGGAUUGGCUUGGGAUCAAUCUAAAUAGAUUCAGUGUAACCAGCCUCCUCAAAGGGGUUCAAAGAUACAAUAGAGGCAAAUGCAAAAAGGCUAUUUUGUUUACUGCCAUUGCUAGCUUAGUGUACAAUGUGCGGAAAGCUAGAAAUGCAGCUGUUUGGGCUGCUAAGGUGCCUACUAUCCAUUCUACAGUUGCUAACAUCAAGGCAGAAGUCAAAGGAAGGGUUUAUAACCUGCUUAGUAAGAAGUCUAGGCCUAGUGAUCUCAAUUGGUUUAACAGUUUGUAA